UGGGGUGGAGCAGUGGGGAGGGUUUUCCACUUACCCUUGCUGGGCAGGUGGAGCCUGCGCUGGGGGCGGGUCAGGGCGGCGCCCGCUCCUCUCUGCCUCCUGCUCCGGGCGCCGUUUGCAGCUGCUCUCGCCGCGGGUGGUUUGCGGGGACUUCCAGAUUCAGUGAAACAAUCAUAUCAUGGCAUCAGUUUGGGUUGGAACCAGAGGAACCAUUCGAGAUUACACAGGAUUUAAUGCUUCCAAGGAUGCUGAAACUGUUCGGAAGGCAAUCAGAGGAAUUGGGACGGAUGAGAAAACACUGAUCAACAUUCUCACUGAGAGAUCAAAUGCUCAGCGGCAGCUGAUUGCUAAGGAGUACAGGGCAGCUUCAGGAAAGGACCUGAAAGAUGACUUGAAGAGUGAUCUCUCGGGCAAUCUGGAGCGUGUUAUGGUUGCACUUGUAACACCACCAGCUGUGUUCGAUGCUAAACAGCUUAAGAAAUCCAUGAAAGGUAGUGGAACUAAUGAAAAGGCACUGAUAGAAAUCCUAGCCUCCAGGACCAGUAAGCAAAUGAAAGAGGUAUCCCAGGCAUACUAUACAGUAUAUAAGAAGAGUCUUGGAGAUGACCUCAGUUCUGACACCUCUGGUGAUUUCAGAAAAGCCCUAUUAACUCUGGCAGAUGGGAGAAGAGAUGAAAAUGUAAAAGUGGACGAACAUCUUGCAAAGAAGGAUGCAGAGGUUCUCUAUAAUGCUGGGGAGAAGAAGUGGGGUACAGAUGAAGAUAAGUUCACUGAAAUUCUGUGCCUCAGGAGCAUACCUCAACUGAAAUUAACCUUUGCUGAAUACAGGAACAUCAGCAAGAAGACCAUUGAGGAAAGUAUACAGGGUGAAAUGUCAGGGCAUUUUGAGGAUUUACUCAUAGCCAUUGUUCAAUGUGUGAAUAACACUCCUGCAUUCUUUGCUGAAAGGCUGCACCAAUCUUUGAAGGGUGCUGGAACUGAUGAGUUCACUCUUAAUAGAAUCAUGGUUUCCAGAUCAGAAAUUGACCUGUUGGAUAUUCGAGCUGAAUAUAAGAAGCAUUAUGGCUGCUCCUUGUACUCUGCUAUAAAAUCUGAUACCUCUGGAGACUACGAGUCCACACUACUGAGGAUCUGUGGAGGGGAUGACUGAAAGUAAAUUCAUAAGGGCACAGUGCUAUUGCUUUUCUGCUACCUACAGUAAUGCUUCUUGUGAAGCUUUUUAAACAUUUAAUUGUAAAACUGCAACAUGCUGACCGCUUUCUCAUCAACUAUCCUAAUAAACAGAUGUAUGUUUUA